UCUACUGAAGCGUCAUAUACGUUAUAUAAUAUAAAUGUGUGCCUUUACGUACUUGUCGGAAGUUUAACAUUGCUUCAGGUGAAAGUAAACUGUACUAGUUAAUAGACAACGAUCGUAAACGACGUUUAAAACGGGAAUAUUAGAACAUACUUUAUUUAAUAAUAUAAAUGUGUGCCUUUACUGACUUGUCGGAACUUAAACCUAAGAGGUCAACUAGCGGUCGUCACGAGAAAAUUGGAACAUAAACCCACUAGUAUCGAUUAGCAUACAUGUGCUCUUGUUUUGGUAGAGGAAGUUUGUGAAGAUCUGUUUUGAUAUUUAAACAUUGAUUUAGGUCUGCUGGUAAGAACAUUGACAUUGUAUUCAUUGAAAAUGCUUGAAAGAAGUUUUGUAAAGUGCAAAGAUGGAACAUAUAUUUAAAAGUAUAGUGAGUUUGGAUAAUUAAACAGUGCCUUUAAUCUACUGGUGAAUAUUCCAAUGGAUGGACUAGCCAGUACAGAUGACAAACUAUGAACAUCCCCAAGCUGCCAUGGAGGAGCCUGCUGAUUUUUAUCAACGUGACCACCAUAAUCACGGGCUUCUGUACAUUCAUGCCCCUGUCCUAUGUCACAUACUACUUCUUGGACCACUGUGUCCUUUUUGCCAAAGUCGCAAUAUCGAAGAUGAAUACCACUACGUUGACAGUUGACAUGACGAAAACAAAGUGGGGCUCGCAAUCAGACUGUCGGUUUCCGACAUAUACGCCUUUAGUCAUGAGUAUUCAUGCUUUCAUCUGGUGCUGGUUCUUCUUGCUGCUCAAGGAACAAUUAAAGAAGGACCGUCAGGACCUGCCGAUGCUGAUCAUGUCGUUUCUGUUUCACACGGUGCUAGUUGUGGUCAGUUUUGUGGUGGCCAGUAUGAUCAGCGCUGGAAUGAACACCUGGUGUGCCAAUCUGGAGUUCGAGAUUAGCCUCAAACCAAGUCGUUUGUUUUUCACUUGUGAGCAAACUCAGGGUCUACUUUGGCUCAACAUAUUUAGCGACGAGCUGCACCCGACAUAUACAUUCCUAAAUACUUCAAAGAUCUCGUCGUGGCUUCAGACGCUCACCAUCCUUUGCCAGAGCGUCGCUAGUGGCUACAAACUAUACUCCUGGGUGGUCGGAGAGACACAAGGACGCUUCCGGUUAGACUUUGGCGCCUGUCGCGGGUUCGCCAGUCCUUCCAGCUCCAACUCCGCGUACGUGGACUUUGAGCAGACGGACGAUGAAGAAACGUUUGAACCAAUCGUAGAUGAUACGGUGGUCGAUCAAGGGUCCAUAAAUUCUGACCGUGUGGACAAUAAACACAAAUGUAACGGUAAAAUGAACACUAGAGCAUUGCUUAAAAGUGAAACAAACGACAGUAACUGUAAUGUUGUCAUAGAACCGUUACCGGUGAAUGUAGCAAACAGUGGGACACAUGUAUGACCCUGUCGAAGGAGGCAUGUCCAGUAGGUAUGUCGUAAAUGCGAACUUUGACCUGUGAUUUUAAAGAACAGUGGGUCGUAUCAGGGUGACAUGUCUAGUAAGAAUGUCGUUCGUGCGAACCUUAUCCGGUAUUUUCAACGAACAGUGGGUCGCAUUUAUAACUCUGCACCAGGAGGCAUGCCUUGUAGGAAUGUCAUACAUGCGAACCUUGACCUGUGAUUUCAACGAACAGUGGGUCGCAUUUAUAACUCUGCACCAGGAGGCAUGUCUUGUAGGAAUGUCAUAUAUGCGAACCUUGACCUGUGAUUUCAACGAACAGUGGGUCGCAUUUAUAACUCUGCACCAGGAGGCAUGUCUUGUAGGAAUGUCAUACAUGUGAACCUUGACCUGUGAUUUCAACGAACAGUGGGGCGCAUUUAUGACGCUGCAUCAGAGGGCAUGUCUAGUAGAAAUGUCAUACAUGCUAACCUUGACCUGUAUUUUCAACGAACAGUGGGUCGCAUUUAUGACGCUACAUCAGGAGGCAUGUCUUGUAGGUGCGAACACUCUUUGUGAUAUUUAGUGUGUUUGAACUAGAAAUCAAAAUGUAAUAUAGCUUUGUAAUGUAAAAUAUUCCAGGACCACACAUUUUUUUGUUAUCAAAGGUUGCAAAUUCGUUUGCCGUUAUUGCCAAAUAUUUUGUGUUCAGUGAGAUUAAUGCUAUGAUGUUUUGCCAUGAUUUUAAUGUUGUUUACUGUUCCAUGUUUUGAACUGGUUAGGUAUUUAAUGCCUAACCGGUGCUAUAUGUUCUGUGCACUUACAUGUUUUUAUCAAGGGUUGUGUUUUAUAAUUGUGCUGCACGUAAUGAACUGAUAUCAUUUUAUUCAAGUUUAUUCCAGUUUUGUUGUAUUGAUAUGAAAACUGAAACCAAAAAAAAAUAUUUUGAAAGUU